AUGCCGCUGUCACUAAUCCCGGAGAGCUCCCAGCCCUCGCACGUCCGCAACACGCAGUUCGCCCCGGCCGCCCCGUCCGCCCCGGGCUCCAUCGACACCCUGCGUGCGCAGGGCCCCGUGUCCAUCGCGUCGCAGAUCAACAACCGCCACCCGAUCGAGUCCCGCAUCCUCAACUGGGACGCCACCACCACGAGGCUCCAGAUGGAGAUCCGGCGCCGGCUGCUGGGCAUGGCCGACCCGAUCAAGCGGGAGAUGGAGCUCGAGCUCGUGCAGCAGUCCGAGUUCCGCCCGCAGGUUCUCGGCGGCUCGGCCCGUGUGCACUCCGACAUCCUCCGCAACAAGGACUGGUCCGUCGACUGGGAGGACGUCUACCCGGCCUCGUCUGACCUGCUGCUCCACAACACCGUCUCCUCCGCCCUGCACACCGAGCUCGAGACGGCCUUCCGUGUAUAG